CCCAAACAGAUCAUGUCACCGCUGCGUGGAGGUGGUCCGAUUUAGGGGGAUUUUGAUGCAAUAAUACCCAAGGCCACGACACGGGGGCGUUGACGUUGCACAACAGCUCUCCGAUCUCAUAAACAAACGCUUUUGUUGGCCAGCAGGUACCCAAGCGAAGGGCAUCGCGUAAUCGCUCGAUUCCGAGGAAACGGAGACGCGCGUCUACCUACGCGAGGCGCGCACGGCUCAUGAUACCGCGAGCGCGCUCACUCGUGUCUGACGUAGAAGGGCUUCUUGGAAGAAAACAUCGCACAUGCAACUGAUUCACAUAAUACGUAUGAAAGGAAAUAACAGAGGAUAACACCAAAAGAAUGGCUUUGCUGGUAUUUCCCGAACCUUUUGAGAAAAUGGGAUAGUGAUGGAGACGCAAUAGUAAAAGCGCGCUGGUGCUGAUGCUGAUCGCAGGCUGACACAAAAGAGCGUUCACGGCGUGUUUAAUUGCGGAUUAAAGCUUGCACAACAACGGGACGUUUCUUUAUUAACGGGGAGCCAGACGCGCGACGUAAAUCGUUGACAGCAUCGCUCGGAUGGUGGUGCCGUGGACCCCGCGACUAUGUCACUACAGCGCUGGGUGAUUGUUCUGGUGGGGGUGAUGUCGUACUUUAACCCAGAGAGAGCGCUGGGAGCCCCGCAGAACGAAGUCUCUCUGUCCCGGAACGGCUCUCUCUCUCCUCCUCCUUAUGUGAUAAUUCUCAUCUCCUGCUCUGGGCUGGUGUCUUUUGUUCUGUUGCUUCUCACCUGCCUUUGCUGCAAAAGAGGAGCAGUGGGAUUCAAUGAGUUGGAUAAUGUUGAAGGAGAGGAAUGUUCUGGGGCAUCCAGCCCUGUUCCUGAGGACAGUGUGUCUUCCUGUCCAUCAUUACCAGAGGUCUACACCCUCCCGCUGCGGGACAAGGCCUGGCCCACCAUACCCAACGGCACGGAUGGUUCUCAAUGUUUCCGAAGGCACACCCUUAACUACCUGCAGGAGAUCGGAAAUGGCUGGUUUGGGAAGGUAAUCCUGGCUGAGGUGCUUUGUGAUUGCACUUCCUAUCAGGCUGUGGUAAAGGAACUGAGGGUCACUGCCAGUCCUUUGGAACAGCGAAAGUUUUUGGCAGAGUCAGAACCAUACAGAAGCCUCCAGCAUCCAAACAUCCUCCAGUGUUUGGGUCAGUGCAGUGAAACCAUUCCUUUCCUUCUUGUCAUGGAGUUUUGUCAACUGGGGGACCUGAAGAGAUAUUUAAGAGCUCAGAGAAAGUCUGAUGGGAUGACACCUGACCUUUUGAAUAGAGACCUUUUAACCUUGCAACGAAUGGCAUAUGAGAUCACCUCGGGCCUCCUGCAUCUUCAUGAGAACGAUUACAUUCACAGUGAUUUGGCCCUGAGGAACUGCCUUCUCACCUCAGAUCUUACUGUCAGGAUCGGAGACUAUGGCCUAUCGCACAAUCAAUAUAAGGAGGAUUACUAUCUAACUCCAGACAAACUGUGGAUCCCUCUUCGCUGGAUUGCCCCUGAACUCUUGGAGGAAUUUCGUGGGAAUUUAAUUGUAACUGAUCAGACCAAGACCAGCAAUGUGUGGUCUCUGGGUGUGGUGAUAUGGGAACUGUUUGAAUUUGGUGCCCAGCCGCACAGGCACCUGAGUGAUGAAGAGGUUCUCACCUUCGUCAUCAGGGAACGACAGAUCACUUUGGCUCAGCCUCGCCUCAAACUUGCUCAUGCAGACUACUGGUAUGAGGUCAUGCAGUCAUGCUGGUUACCUCCAUCCCAGCGGCCAACGGUCAACGAAGUUUUUCUCCUCCUCUCCUCACUCCUUGCUGAAGAACAAGGAAGUCGAAAGAGAACAAUAAUAGAUGAGGAUGAGGAGGAUUAUGAGGAAGACAAUCGACAAGGAAGAAGAGGAGAGAUUGAGGAAUCAUUUGAAAGACGAUGGGAUGCUCUUCGGCCCCCUGCUUUCCAGUCAGCUGCAAACAAACUACUCAGAGAGAGAGAUUAUGGAAGGGAGGAUGGCUGCCACAGAGGGAAUGGAAACUCUUUUCCUCUUUUAGACCCUGUGGAAAAUAUGAUCACUCCAACCUCUGAGCUUGAUGACAUCCUUACAGUCACUGAGACUAGCAAAGGGUUGAACUUUGAAUACUUCUGGGAAAAGGCCCAUGGAAGGAGGGGUUACAAACCCCUUCCUCCACCUCAACCAAUACCAACACCCAAUUCUGCCCACAGGCAAACCUUGGACACACCCACUGUUGUCCCUGUGAUUAGUGCUCGCAGCCCAUCAUUGGCCAGUGAAUAUUACAUUCGCCUGGAAGAGCAUACUCCACAGGAUAGGUCACCUAGUCUUAGAGGAAAUAGGCGUUCAACGAAAACAAAUUCAAUGUGCCCUGGAGACUUGGAGCUGGUUGAGCUUCAGACUGGGACUACAGGAAAAGAUAGAUCAACUUUUGGUCAGCAAGAUAGCUUUGCAAGAGGCACCUCACAGACAGUAAGAUCCAGUGAGGUACAGAUUUUGGUUACCAACACUGGCUUGGUUGAGUUUAGCAGGGAGAGUUGUAACAGAGUGACGGAUUAUGCUGUAAUAGACAUUAGUGAGAACUCAGGAGAAGUGAAUGAAGAAGCAAGCCAAAGGUCCUCUGGGUCUUUUGGUUCUCAAGGACCUGUCCUUCCACCCAAACCUCGUUCAAUGUCCACUUCCUCUGGAAGCCAUCUGCACUCACGUCCCCUUCCUGCUCCUCCCGUAGGAUACCCAAGAUCGUAUGGCUUAGAUGUCUACUCUGGAUCCUCGUACCCAGUUGGAAAAGUUGAAACCUCAGAUUCUUUACUAGUGAGCAGCUGUUCACUGUCAAAAGCCAACUUUGACCAUUUGGGCUUUAAUCGCACUCACCAGACAUUGCCUCCAUCUCCAUCUUUGUCUCCUUCAAUUCCACCUUCCUCUGGAGGUCACUCGAUGUUCCCUCCACCACAAACAUGCCCGCCACCUCUCCCUCCUCACUACAGACUCCAAAAGAGUCAGAAUUACUCAUCAAAAACAUACUCCAGAUAUAAUGCAAUGCACAUACAAAGAGACCCACUAAGCUGUGACUACACUGAUGUAAGAAAUCCUGACAGAGGCAUUACACGUUCUCAGUCUUUAUACAGUUCAAGAAAUGGCAAAGAUACAUACACUAAAGAUGAUGAGUUUAUUAACCUUCAAUCUUCCUUUUCCCAAGUGACCCGUUCUCAAUCCACAAUUCCAAAAAUUGAAAGAACAUCGUCUUCUAGCCCAGAGUAUUUAAAGGAUGAUGAUAAUGAUGAUGGUGAUGAUUCACCUUUCAUGUCACCAGGCAGACCCACCAGUGGCACAACCAUUGAGCACACAAGCCUGGUCGAUGAGCCAGACCCUGCUACAGCUGCGCUUUUCUCAAGGGGCAUGAAGCGAACCCAGUCCCGCCUUGCUACCAUACUUCCCACCAUAUGGAGGGAAGAUGCAGCAAUGCAAAGAGAGCGAGUGGUAGCUGCCAGGAAAUCCCCUAUACACCUGUUUCUGACAGAGAUCUCCAAUGACUCAGUGGACCAGAAAGUAGGAGAAACAUCAUGGGAAAAAGAAAGUGGUGAAAGAAAAGACAAAGACAUUGGAUUCAAAGGAAUGCGGCGAUCCCAAUCUCUUGUCACUGAACUUGACUCAUCCACGCAGUCCUGGGGCUCAGACAAAGAUUUUUUGACUGGAUAUGAAGGGAGAGCCAAAAAGAGAGAUUUGUUCCUUACAGAGAUCGAGACAUCUGUGUCGGAUUGUGAGGAUUCAUAUGAUGGUGAAGGUGGGACCCCGGUUUCCAGAUUUGGAACCACACCUCAUCCUUUUGCACAUCCAACAGAUCUCCCAACAUAUGCAGAAGCUGAGGAGACUACCACACAUCAUCCUUUUGCACAUCCAACAGAACUGCCAACAUAUGCAGAAGCUGAGGAGGCUUUCUCAAAUGGAAUGAAGAAGUCUCAUUCCCUGCUAUCCAAAAUAUCUACUGAGAGUGUAGAAACUGAGCCUAAGAAAGGGGAAAUGACUAGAGAGGAAUUCCUAAAGGAAAUCCAAUCUGCUGAAACAUUUCUAACUGAAAUCAUUACUAGACAACAACAAAAGGAGGAAAGCAUUUCACCUAUUCCAUUGUCUCCUGAGUAUGAAUCAAUAUGCAUUGACCCAGAAUCAUCUCAAACAAUACAGUUUGAAUCAGAAAGAGUGCAAACAGGAAAAUCACAAAGUGACACUAAAGAAGCAAUUUAUGCUCAAGUAACCAAGCGAGCGAAAAGGUGUGAAAUAAAGGUUGCCACUCGUCCAGAAAUUCCAGUUCUUCAAAUAUCAUCUGAGUUACAAAAUCUCGAAUCAGGCCAAAAAUCAUCAGAGUCUUUACAACCAAUCAGUCACUUUUCAGAGCUGGAUUAUGUUCAUGACUUUGUUCCUUCAGAGAUAAUGUCCAGAAAUAAGCUUCUUUUGGAUCAGAUAUCUCCUGUUAUGAAAGAGGAACAACAUAGUGAAACAAGAGACAAUUCCGAGGAGGGGUUGGUGUCUGAUGUCCAGCUCUGUGAUUUACAAUCUAAAAAUACUGAAGAGCUAAAUAGGCAAUCUCAGGAUCAGUGUCUGUCAUAUGAUUUGAAUAAUCAUGGUUUCUACAAGUGCGAACAUGUCAAAGAUAACAAAAAUCAAAUCACUGAUGAUGGCCAGGUCCAAAGUGCGGUUGAAACUGAUUUGAAGAGCACAAUGGCUCAGGCGAAAGAGCAAACAAAGAAAAAAGAUAACAGUGUUUUACCUGGCCUAGAGAUGAUGACAUCAAAUGCAACCUUUAAAGAAGAAGAUGCAAACAGCGAGGGACCAUCUGAACAUCCAAAUCAGAGCCCAAAUAAAUUAACCUCUCUAGAUCUUACCGAACUAAGGAAUUUAGCAACCUCUACAAAAGAGAUAAAAUAUAUAUUAGACAUAGCCUCUUCAGAUGCUCAAAACAACACAAGUCAGGACUUCCUCACUAUGAACAGGCAGAUCACAAAAAUGGAAACAGCCUGUAAAACCAUUGAGGAAACCACUCCAACUGACAAAGGAGCCAAUUCAAGGACAUUGUGCCAUGAGCAAGACGUAGUCUUUAUGAAAGAUACAGUAAUAAGUGAUUCCUCACAAUCUUUGAAUGAAUAUUUUCCAGUCAGCUAUGUUUUCCAAUCAGCUAUGGUGCAUGAACCAAACUCAGAUCAGUCAUUUUCCACUUUGACCCCCACAGAUUCUGUCUUGUCACCUUUGACCUCUGGUUCCAUAGACUGCCUCACACCUAGUGACUCCUUUUUGGAUGGGGGAAGCAGUGAAUGGAGGGCUCUGGGAACUGAAACACCACAUAGGGACUCAGCUUACUUUUCUGAUAGUGACCUGGAAAAUGGAGAAGGUUCAGGAAGGAGAGUCAUCGAUGGGCUUGGCCUUUCCCGUCCAGGUGGUGUUCGUAUGGGAGAGCGAGGAAUAUUGAUGGGAAUUGAAGAAAAGAUGGAGGUUGAGGAUGAAGGACCACUGGAACAUGACAUUGAUAAAGAGGUGAAAAUUAAACACGACAUGCAGGAAUUUUGGGUUUCGAAUGAAACAAUUAUUGGCAGAGCUGAUAUUAGGACAGAUAAUCUAACAGUUCUGGAGAGUUCUAUUGUAGAGAAGGGUCUCAUACAUAGUGCUGCUAAAACAGGUUUCUCAGAAGGAUCUCUGAGUGAAGGCAAUGCUGAAUUUAUUGCCAGGUUGUUCUCCAAUGGAGAGGAUGAGACAAUAAAAAGAUGUCCAUUUGGUGACAGCUCUGAAAAUUUACAAACCUCCUCUCUUGUUGAAAAUGAGGUCAUGUCUAACACAUUUUCAAAAGAGGAAUGUUUCAUGAUUCAGAUACUAUCAAUGCUGGACUUGUUUCUCCUAUAGUUUCAGAACC